GACCAGAUGGAAUGAAUGCUGUGGGUGGGGAGUGGGGAGUCAUUCACCUCACUGUGACACCAACAUAAUGCGGAAACCAGUUUCAUCUCAACUAAUCUUUACAUCAUCUUUCACAUUCCACAGCACACUCUACUUGUUCAAUAUCAUCAGGUUAGAAUUCGGUGUACGUGCAUCACCACUCUUCAUCCACAUUCCAAUUUUGGCAGUGCCAACAAUGCAAUACAGUUCUGUAUUAACAGCCAGUUUCCCCCCAUCAUGAGUCAACUUCUCAAGCUAGUCGUCAUCAGUUGCACGUCGGACAGGGCUCUAGUCCAUACUCUGUGAGCUUUGUUUACAAGUUUUCUUGCAGAACGAUGCAUGCUGCCAUGACCAUCCUCAUUAAUGUGGAAGCGCAGGGGAACUCUAUAAAACUUCACACAAGGCCUCACAAUCUAAGCACAGCGUGUUGUUCCCGGCUUGUUUGUGUGCAUGCUCGGUGUUGCUGAUUAGUGCUCCAGAGCUCAUACUCAGCGUGCUGGCAGGAGUUAAUUGUAUCAAAGAUUUUGCGUUGCAGCGCUGAGUUUCUGUUGCAGAAACUUCAGGCUCUUGUGGGUCGACUGGGUCAUAAACAACGCACACCAGAUCUGUCACCUCUAUCCUGGACUGGACUUGGAAGUUUGAAACAUCGGUGUCGUAACCAUGGGAGGCAGUGGAAACUUCGACCUCGAGAAGAACUUCGCAUUCUGUGCCGCAUACCAUAACCACAAGAUCAACGUCCUGAUGCACAAGUUAUUUGUUUGGCCAAUCUUGCUCACUCUUGGUAUUAUGUUGGCUUACACGAAGCCUCUGACGCCACAAUUUCCUUUCAUAGCUGCUCUACCUUUUCAUGAGUACAUGAUGUUCAAUUGGAGCUUUGUCGCUGAGUCUGUAUAUGUGUUGUUUUACAUCAUCAUUAAGCCCAAGUUGGGGUCGUGGGCAGCUCUGCUGGUGAUAUUCUGUUGGAUAGGAGCGAACGCCGUGGCUCAGCAGAUCCCCUUCGCCUCUGGGUGGAAGGUGAAGUAGUUUACACUCUCUCUUUGGAUGCAGUAUGUUUCUUCCAACAUCAACACUCAUGUCUUUUAACCUGAGGUUGUGGAUGAAGAUUGUAGCAGCAUCGCAGUUUUUAUGCUGGUCACUCCAAUUGUUCGGCCAUAGAUAUUUUGAGGCCAGUAUUUAUAUCUUCCCUUGCCUGCCUAUUACUUUUAUAAUUGUCCCUCCACUCUGGACACUAAUGGCAGAGCAUGAAAGUUAGCAUUUUUCACUUGAGGGGAUUUGCAUGCGAUUAAGUUUAUAAAUAUCGCGAUAUUAUUAUUCAUGGGAACAAAGAAAUAAUCUGUAGAUUUGAAGAUAUGUACAGAUUUGAUGAGAUUAGGUAUUUAAGCUCAUUCUCGGUCAUGGUUAGAC